AUGAAUAACAAAAGCUUCACUGUCGUACCAAAAACCAAAUCGGAGCGACAACAACCACCGGUUGCCACGAAGGCCGCCGAAAAAAUUAACCCAGUGGUCGAAUUUGCUGCCAUGGGUGAUGUUUUUACAAAUCUUUCUGAUUGUGAUAAUGGAGCCAGAGGGUUGAAUGUUGUGAUGGUUUCAUGUUCUCCGAAGAUGAUUCUGGUGGGAAGCUUGAUUUUGACUUGUAAGGAGAUUGGGGUUUGGUUUCUUCUUCCCCAACAAAUCUUCUUCCCCAACGUUCUUAACUGUUCUUCCUUAACGACUAUUUUCUUCCAUUUCUCCUUCCUGACUUGCAAUCGAACAGUGGUGGUUUGUUUUUGUGGAAAGCUUGCUUUGGUGAAAACGUCUUGGACACCACUGAAUCCCGGCAGGAGGUUUUAUUCUUGCCCUACUAAGGAUUUUGUUUGUGGGUUUAUCGGGUGGGUUGACCCGCCUAUGUGUGCUAGGAGUAAAACCGUCAUACCUGGUCUUCUAAGAAACAUAAAUAUGUUGGAGGAAAGAUGUAAUGGGCUGGUAAGAAGUAUCAACAUGUUACACAAACAGUGCAAUGGACUUUUGAGCAGGAACAACAUGUUGGAGGCAAGGUGUGAUGCAUUGAAGGAUGAAGGCUUCAAGCUGAAGAUGUAUUUAUGUGCAAGUUGGUUUAUGUUUGUGAUUGUUAUCUUUAAUAUUUGGUCUAUGUAA